AUGUCUGGAAAGCAUUCUGCCAAGGAGUUUGGAAUUGAAACAGUUAAAUUUGAAAUUGUUCCUGAAGAUGAUCCCCAGAAUGCCAUUGUCCGCUCUUCUGCAGAUGCUUGUCAUGCAGAACUGCUCAAGACCAUAAGUGCUUCUAUGGGGAAGUUAAUUCCAAACCUGCUUCCAUCUGGAGCUGAUUUCUUUGGAUUUUGUCAUCCAACCAUUCACAAUCUGAUCCAGAGUUGUCCAGGAGCUCGAAAAUGUGUCAAUUACCAGUGGGUGAAAUUUGAUGUGUGUAAACCUGGAGAUGGACAGUUACCCCCAGGACUGCCAGAGAAUGAUGCUGCUAUGAGCUUUGAAGCCUUUCAGAGACAGACCUUUGAUGAGGAUCAGAAUGAUCCCAUUUUGCCAGGAUCCUUGGACCACCCAGAGCUUCAGCCUGCAACGUUUGUAUCUUCUUACCAACCCAUGUACCUGACACACAAACCCCUGGUGGAUACUUACCAGCAGCACUUGAAGUCUCCAGCACAAUGUAGCCCAACUCAGUCUUCAGAAUGA